UUUUUUUUCGUCCUUGUCUUCACCUCUACAUACCUCCACCUCUUUAUUUUUCUCAGACAACAAUAUUUCAGUUUCAUCUGAGUAAAAACGAAAAAUGAAAACUAGGGUUUUCACUAAUCUCUUCAUCAACACUUUAGUUCUAUUUUUUUUUACGAUUCUGGAGCAUCAACUUCAACUGGUGUGAUAGCAAAUCUUGAGCGUCGGGUUACACUUGUUGGUUGGAAAGGAUACCAAGACUACUCAUACACUUGAUGAUGAAACUGGUCGAAUUGAUGGGCACAAAUGGGUUAAUGAGAGUAUAGACUCAGAGUCACAGUAGAUGGUUGAAAUUAAGGAUUUUUUGUGAAUGGUUUAUAAUGUAUUUGACAAAAUCAAUAUGGUCCAGAGGAAUGGGAAAUUGGAGAUCCUGGUAAAGCGUAUACGAAAUAGCAGGCAGCUUCUUCUGCUUCUGUUUUGUUGUUGCCCUGCCUCGGACAAUGAUUUUGCAGGUACCUUAUAAGCACGUCUGAGUUACAUAGGAAGAAACAAUUUGUGUGAUAAAAUUAUCCGAGACAGUGUUCACUGAUUAUUGUGGAACUGGAAGUGAAUCUUUUCAACCUUCAACAACUUGUUGAAAUGUUUACUAUUGAUAGUGUUAACAAGAAUGAAGCUAUUUUUUUUUAACAAAGCUAAGUCAGGUCUCUGGAAAUUUUAACCUAAAUUUCUAGAUUGAGCUGAGUUACCGUUGAUACGCUGCGCCAGGUUGGUAUCAGAGACAACUACGUUCCUUGUUUGAUAACACGAUGCCAAGACCUCGUCGUGCACCAUUGCGUACUGAAGCAGAAAUCACCCGAGAUGCUAUUGCUGAGCUACAAGCCCAGAUGGCCACGAUCACUACCACUCUCCAAGCCCUUGCUGUUCAGCAACAACCACCACCAGUUCGAGAAAAUAUUGAACAUGAAAAUAAUAAUAACAGUAACAAUGGUGACAACGAAGAAAACCCGUUUUCAGAAAUAGAUAACCCCUUUGCAAAUCUACGCAACAACCGUCCCCUGACACAAGACAACGUCCAAAUUGCAGCAGCGGAUAAUCAUUGGGAAACAUGAUUCAAAACCGAGAUACCAGAGUUUCAUGGAAAUUCUUCGGCUGAAGAACUGCUCGAUUGGAUAGUCACGGUGGAAGAAAUUCUGGAGUUCAAACGAGCUCCAAUGGAUCGAUGUGUUCCUGUUUUAACGAUGCGUUUUCAUGGAAGAGCAGCUGCAUGGUGGACACAAUUGAAGACAACUCGUGCACGUCUCGGAAAACCGAAGAUCAUGUCAUGGGAUAAACUUACAUCAAAACUUAAGAAAACAUUCUUGCCUUACAAUUAUGACCAGCUUAUGUUUCAGCGUCUCCAUACCAUCCGCCAAGGCACCCGAUCUGUGGCUGAUUACUCCACUGAAUUUUUUUUACUUCUCAAUCGAGUUGAUAUACAAGACUCUGAGCGUCAACUGGUAGCAUGGUUUACAGCAGGAUUACGACAACAGAUUCAACACACAAUCAAUCUCUUCCAUCCAUUGACAAUGUCAGAAGCACAUCAAAAAGCUUUAACUAUUGAGGCACAAACUAAAUCAUCCUUUUCAUCCUGGUAUACUGUUCGUUCUUCUCGACCAAAUCACACUCCGACUGCGACAGAUGACGCUGUUUCUGUCAAAGCAGACACACCAAUUGUUCCAGCUCUUGACAAUCGGCAAACUCGACCAAACUCACUUCGUUGCUUUUCUUGUGGAGAUAUAGGUCACCGACAGUCUAACUGCCCCACUAGAAACAGAAGAUGCCUCCUCCUUGACACUGCUGGUAAUGACGUUGAAGUAAUUUAUGAUGAGGAAGCUGCGGAGCCACAAGAUGAAGUGGAGGUUCUUACAGAUGAUAGUGGACCAGCAUUAAUGUUACGACGUGUGUGUUUAGCUCCGCGUGGAACAGAUAUCAACCCUCAACGACAUAAUCUUUUUCAUUCAAAGUGUACUAUUGGAAGCAAGGUGCACAAAUUCAUAAUUGACUCUGGAAGUAGCGAAAACGUCAUUGCUGAGGAAGUUUUAAACAAGCUUCAAUUAUCAACAGAACUACAUCCUAACCGUUACAAGUUGGCAUGGCUGGAUCGGAAAACCGAUGUACUCAUAACUCGACGAGCAUUGAUUUCUUUUUCGGUGGGUGAUUCAUAUAAGGAUCAAAUUCAUUGUGAUGUUGCUCUGAUGGAUGCUUGCCAUCUACUCUUAGGAAGCCCUUGGUUAUUUGAUCUUCGAGUACAACACGAUGGCUAUCGUAAUACCUACAGUUUUCGUUACAAUAAUCGCAAUUUCACUCUACAGCCUUCUUUGCCCGAGAAACAACACACACCAUCAGCUCCAGUCCUUCUCUUGCAGCAAAAGGCUUUUGAACAAACACUUCGAGAAGAGGGAUGUGUUCUAAUAUUGAUCAAUUCGGUUGUUAGAGAGCCUUUACCAUCACCUCCAGAACACUUUCAAAGACUAUUGGAGGAGUUUCAGGAUGUUUUUCCCAAUGAGUUACCACCCGGCCUUCCUCCCCUCAGAGACAUUCAAUACCAUAUUGAUCUAAUUUCAGAUGUUGUUCUUCCUAAUCGAGCUCAUUGUCGCAUGAGUCCGAGUGAGCAUGAAGAACUUAGACGUCAAGUUGAGGAUUUUGUGUUGAAGGGAUAUUUACGUGAAAGUCUGAGUCCGUGUGCAGUCCCAGCUUUGCUUAUACCAAAGAAUUAUGGAUCUUGGAGGAUGUGUGCCGAUAGCCGUGCUAUAAAUAAAAUUACAGUACACUAUAGAUUUCCCAUUCCCCGUCUCGACGAUCUAUUAGAUCAAAUUGGAGCUGCAACCGAUUUUCUCUAAACUGGAUCUUCGAAGUGGUUAUCAUCAGAUACGAAUCCGUCCAGGAGAUGAAUGGAAGACGUCUUUUAAAACUCGAGAAGGACUUUUUGAAUGGCUUGUCAUGCCCUUUGGCUUGUCCAAUGCACCAAGCACCUUCAUGCGCGUUAUGAAUCAAUCUCUUCGGCCCUUCAUAAGUAAGUUUGUAGUCGUUUAUUUUGAUGAUAUUCUCAUAUUUAGUAAGUCCUUAACAGAACAUCUUGCACACUUGAGAGAAGUACUUCUUGUUCUCCGUCGAGAUCAAUUAUUUGCCACACUAAAGAAGUGUGAGUUCGGCUCUCCUGAGGUUCACUUCCUUGGAUACAUCGUCUCAGCAGAAGGGCUAGCCGUCGACCCAGGCAAAGUAGAAGCAAUCAAAUCUUGGCCUACUCCUACUACUUUAUCUGAAACUCGAAGUUUUCAUGGUCUAGCAUCUUUUUAUCGAAGAUUUGUGCCGCAAUUUAGCAGUUUGAUGGCACCUAUCACUGAUUGUAUUCGUCAUGAUAGUGUCUUCACUUGGACUACCGAAGCAACUACAACUUUUGAGAUCAUUAAAACAAAAUUGUUAUCAGCACCUAUACUAGCUCUUCCAGAUUUUACUCAAGUUUUUGAGCUACAUAGUGAUGCUUCUAAGUUGGGCAUUGGUGCUGUCUUGAGCCAACGCAACAGGCCUAUCGCCUUCUUCAGUGAAAAGCUGGCUGGAGCUCGUCUACAUUAUAGUACUUACGAUGUGGAAUUUUAUGCAGUGGUUCAAGCAAUCAAACACUGGUGUCAUUAUCUUUUCCAUAAAGAAUUUGUUCUCUACACAGAUCAUGAUGCUUUAAAACACCUGAAUAGUCAAGAUAAAGUCUCAGAUCGUCAUGCAUCAUGGAUAUCUUACUUGCAACAAUUUACGUUUGUUAUCAAACACACGUCAGGUGUUUCCAAUCGAGUUGUUGAUGCCCUGAGUCGUCGUCAUUCUUUGCUGAGUGUUCUUCAUGUCUCAGUUCUGGGAUUUUCCACCUUUGCUGAUUUGUAUGAGUCUGAUGAUUUCUUUAGUCGAGUUCUUCUUGACGUUCAGAAUGGUCUUUCUCGAGAUUUCACUAUGCAUGAUGGCUUUCUUUUUCGAGACAGUCGUCUUUGCAUUCCAGACUGCAGCCUCCGUCUUAAACUUGUUGCUGAAACACAUAAUGAAGGUCACAUUGGUCGCGACCGGACGUUGCAUUUACUUUCUCAGUCUUAUUUUUGGCCUGCAUUGAGAUGUGAUGUUGAGCGUUUUGUCGAACGAUGUACAAUGUGUCAGACAUCAAAAGGUCAUGCCACGAAUGUCGGUCUCUACCUUCCUCUCCCUAUUCCAACACAACCAUGGACAGACAUCAGUAUGGACUUUGUGAUGGGUCUUCCUCGUACACAAAAGGGUUUCGAUUCAAUCUUUGUCAUUGUUGAUCGUUUCUCCAAGAUGGUACACUUCAUUCCAUGUAAAAAGACAACAGAUGCAGUCCAAGUCGCAACACUUUUCUUUCGAGAGGUUUACAGACUCCAUGGGUUGCCAACUUCCAUCGUUUCUGAUCGGGAUUCUCGGUUCUUAGGUCAUUUUUGGAGGUCUUUAUGGAAAUUACUAGGAACCAGCCUUGACAUGAGCUCCGCUUAUCAUCCUCAAACGGACGGUCAAACAGAAGUGACCAAUAGAUCUUUGGGGAAUUUGCUUCGCUGCCUUGUGGGUGAUUCUAUUAAAACUUGGGAUUCAAAACUUCCUCAAGCAUAGUUUGCUCAUAAUCAUUCACUAAAUAGAAGUUCGGGGUUCAGUCCAUUUCAGGUCGUUUAUGGUCUUCUCCCUCGUGGUCCUUUGGAUUUAUCUACUCUUCCAGACCGUACACGUCUUCAUGGUGUAGCUGAUGAUUUUGUAGACAACAUUCAUAAGGUUCAUACGCAGGUUAUUGCCAAUCUCGAAUCAUCCUCCUCAAAGUACAAAGCUGUGUAUGAUUCUCGUCGCCGUCGUGUUCUCUUCGAAGUAGGUGAUCAAGUUUGGGUAUUUCUCACUAAAGAUCGAAUGUCGGCUCAUGCUUAUAAUAAACUCAAGGCAAAGAAAAUAGGUCCUCUCACGGUCGUGGAACGAAUUAAUGACAAUGCUUAUCGGCUACAACUUCCAGCAAACAUCAACACUUCGGAUGUAUUCAAUGUUCGUUAUUUAUCACGUUUUGUUCCACCAGACCCAGUUCCUGAUUCGUGGUCGAAUCCUUCUACCCCGGAGGGACCUGAUGCAGCAUCUUGAUACCUUUCCUAA